AUGCACGCCCUUAGCUCCCUCACCGUAAUCCCCGCUUCACGCUUCGCGUUAUCGCCAUGCCGCGGCGGCGCGUCUCUGCGCGCCGCUCGAAGUCCCCUGGAUGCUUGCAGCGGGCCGGCCCCCGCCAGCCGUGCGCGCUGCAUGGGGGGCGACGCGCAGAGCGGCGGUGGCGGAUCCAGCGGCGCUGAGUCGAGCGCAAAGGCAGUGGCAGGCGCGCGCACGGCGCGGGGGAGCGGCGGCGCGCAGGUGAUGGAGCUGCGAGUGGACGAGAUCCGACGGCCGUUGAUGCGCACACGAUCCAACGACCAGGAGAAAGUGGCGGCGCUGAUGGCGAGCAUUAAAGAAAUUGGGCUGCAAGAGCCGGCUUCUCGGGGUGUCACCGCUACGAGGCACACCAGCGCCUGGGACUGCCCACCAUCAAGUGCCGCGUGCGACGAGCCAGCAGGGACGUGCUCAGAAUGCAUAUGA